AUGACCACGACUCUUCCCUUCCGACCGUCUGAUGAUACCGCACCACACACAUUCCCUUCAGCUUCCAGUGCUUCUUCCAAGUCCAAUGGCUUGCCCCAAUUAUCUCCCUCCCCUUCGGUCCUUAAGAAUCGAUCCCCCAGCAGCUCCCGAUCCGUGCGUCGUCGUUCCGGAGAUCAUAAUGUCGCCGCCCUUCCUCGUGCCUCAAAACCCCGACGAUGCAGGUCGCAAUAUCCGCUGGACUCGCCGGAGCGUCAUGUCGAGUACAUCCUCGUUGCGUCCUUCCACAUUGAUCGUGGCCCGAUCAUGGAGCAUCAGUAUCCCGCCGCCAUCAGCGGAGACGAGAGCAUGCUGGCGGAGCUGAUGCUCCCCGACCAAACACAUGUGCGGAGCCAGGACUGGACGAUCUUCUUUCUGCACAAGGAUACCAGUACAGAGGAGGAUGAGGAUGGCUCGGCGGCUACGAAGAAGAAACGGCGGAAACGGGCGCCCGCCGACCACGAUGCCGGUGAUGAUAGCCAAGAGGAGGAUACGGAUGCUCUGACGGAAGAGAGCAGUGACGAGGACGAGGACGACGGUGGCGAGGGGCCACCGUUGAUGUAUGUGCUGAAUCUGGUCAAUACGAAGCAAGACAACACAGUCAGACGAGGGGCGGUCGUCAAGGCCAUGGCAAUCUGUACGCGCCAUUCAUUUCUUCAUAUCUACAAGCCCCUGCUGUUACUGGCGCUGGAGGAUUACUUCAAAUCGCCCUAUCCCGAAACGCUUGCUACCCUCUACAAUGCCGUCAAUGAGAUGGACCUGUCCCUGAUGCCCAAGCUCUCGCUGUUGGAAAGACAGAUACUGCAGGCCACCAACGUCAAGGAUAUGUUCAUCGAGAAGUUUGAACAGAUGAUCCAGCAGCGAGUGGCGGUGGACGAUGAACCCGCUGGGGAUGAGAGCCCAUCGUCGCCCAGGAAAGCCGCCUCGCGAUGUGUGCUUCCCCGCGACACCCACGAGUUCGAAUCGCGAGUGGUGUACAACGAUAUCCCGAUCCCGGUCAAAGUGCCGACGGUGAUCUGGCCGGAAAUCGUGGGGGACUUCUCGCUCAUCAAGCUCAUCCAGACGUUUGCCUCUGUCCAUGCGGCUACACCCCAGCCUUUUCCGCUUCACCCUCACCUGACCACCAAUGGGUCCUAUACACAUCCGAUCAUCGUUCUUGUCAAUGCCAUGCUCACUCAGAAGCGGGUGAUAUUCCUCGGCCACAACCGUCCCUCGGGAGAAGUGGCCGAGGCGGUCUUGGCCGCCUGCGCUCUGGCAUCCGGUGGAAUCCUGCGCGGUUUCACGAGACAUGCCUUUCCCUACACCGACUUGACCAAGAUUGAUGAUCUUCUCAAAGUGCCUGGCUUUAUCGCGGGCGUGACGAAUCCCACCUUUGCGAACCAUCCCGAGUGGUGGGACCUCCUCUGCGACCUACCCACCGGCCGGAUGAAAAUCAGCAGCCGUAUCGAGCCCGCUCCCGUGACGGAGGGCCUGUUGUAUUUCCAACAGAGUUCGUUUCUUGCGAACCACGCGCCCGUCCCCCAUCCGGACCCCACGGGCGAUAAUGCGUUCAUGGAAGACGUCCAGCGCAGCAUCACGAAUCGGUACGGAGAGAAUGCGAUCCGCGCCAAGUGGCGCGCAUACAUCACCAAAUUCACGCGUGUUGCCGCCGCGUUCGAAGAAACCGUGUACGGGGCCUCGAAUCUAUACAUCAUCGGCCCCAACGAGGAACUAUCCCCGGAGAGUCCAAGCGGUGUGCAAGCCGACCCUCUCGAUCCCACGACCCUCCGCGGCCACGGCUACAUCUGGCCCGACGAGGCGGCCAAACAGCGCGAGUUAGUCGCCUCGGUCUCUCGUAUUGAAGGCUGGCGCACCACGCGCUCGUACUACUCCUUCAUCCAAGACAUCGCAGCCAUGUACUUCCCCGCCCGCCCGAUCCAGAAACCCGACCUGCACCACCACCACGACCGCCUGCGCACCCUGCGCCUCUCGCACCCCGACGCCGGCGCCAUCUACCUCGCCCUCGCCCACGCCGUCAAGGACUACGCCGGCAUCUGCCAGCUCCUGACCGUCACCCCGGAGAGCCAGGCCGGCCUCUUCUACAUCAGCAUGGGCCUGUUCCACCCUGACCAGACCGUCCGCGAAGCCACCGCAGACCUCCUCGACCGCCUCGCCGCGCACCCCGCCGGCCGCCACUUCUGGGCCCAGCUCGGCCGCUUCACCAAACUGGCGUACUUCCGCGUCCGACGCGAGCGCGAUGCCGUGCAUGGCUCCGCCGCCGCCUCGGGCUCAGGCUCCGCGUCCGCGUCGGCGUCAAAACCAAGUUCAAGCUCCGGGAUCCCUCUGUCUCUCGUCGGGGUGGCGACGGGGGCAGCGGCAGGGCUGCCAGCCUCGAGACGAAGUUAG